CUGUGAAGGCUGCAGUGUCUACCCACUCAACACAUAUAUUUAUAAAGCAACAUGGCAUCUGUGUUCAGUCUCGUGAUCGGGUGUUUGUUGUUUUAUCUAAAAUUUACAGAAGUGCAUACCAAGUCGCCUCACAUCGUGUUCAUUGUCGCUGAUGAUCUAGGCUGGAAUGAUGUAGGGUUCCGCAAUCCCUAUAUAUUGACUCCAAAUAUAGACAGACUCGCGAGAGAAGGUGUUAUUCUGGACCAAGCUUACGUACAACCUGUGUGUACACCAUCUCGAAAUGCCUUUAUGACAGGGGUGUAUCCCUUCAAAGCUGGACUACAGCAUUUAGUUAUAAAGCCGGAACAAGCUGUGUGUGCUCCAGAAAACCUCACGUUCCUACCACAGAAGCUUCAGAAACUUGGAUAUGCUACUCACAUGAUUGGGAAAUGGCAUCUGGGUUUGUGUAAGUGGGAAUGCACGCCAACAUUUCGAGGAUUUGACUCUCACUACGGCUAUCUGACAGGACGAGAGGACUAUUAUAUCAAGAAAAAUGGUGCUGGGUUCGACUUUAGAAAUAACAAGGAAACUCUGAACCCAGGAAAAGGGACGUAUUCCACUUUUCAGUACAGUGCAAGGGCAAGGGAGCUUAUGUCAAAACACAAUGCUAGCCAGCCGUUCUUCUUGUACCUACCGUUCCAGUCCGUCCAUGAACCUAUCAUGGUUCCGGUUGAGUACGAGAACAUGUACAAACACAUACAAAAUAAAGGAAGAAGGCAAUUUUCAGGAAUGGUGACCGCCAUGGAUGACGCUAUUGGAAACGUCACACAGGCUUUGAAAGACUAUGAUCUUUACAAUGACACACUCAUCAUAUUUACCUCUGACAAUGGUGGUUGGCCAUCCUUAUAUGGUAACAACUUUCCAUUGAGAGGCUCUAAAAUUACAAUAUAUGAAGGCGGAACCAGGGUAACGUCGUUCGUUCAUGGAGCUGGACUGAAAAAAUCAGGAUAUACAUAUGACGGAAUGAUGCAUGCAGUCGAUUGGAAUCCGACUAUUUUGUCAGCUGCUGGAGGAGAACCAGAUUCAGGCAUUGACGGUAUCAGCCAAUGGGAGAACUUAAAGAGUAAUGGUUCGUCCCCAAGAACAGAGUUUAUAUAUAACCUAGAUGACUUAGCUCCCUAUCAGAAUGGGCAUGCAGCGAUCAGAAUGGGAGACUAUAAGCUAGUCGUUGGCUACCCCGGUCUCUACCCUGGCUGGUACCCAACCCCAACAAACACGAACGCUGUUAAAAUCAGGGAAGUACCUUUUGACGGGAAGGAGAACAAUAAAACACAGUUGUUCAACCUGAAAGACGAUCCGAAUGAGUAUUAUGAUUUGUCAGAAGAACUGCCUCAUGUAGUUGAGAAGCUGAGGUCACGGAUGGCGGAAUAUCAUGCUCAGAUGGUGCCAGCAAAUUUCCCAAAAGAUUCCGCCGCAGCCAAUCCCCUCAAUUACAAUGGCUACUGGUCUCCCGGAUGGUGUUGAAACUGUAUGAGAAUUUUGUUUUAUCACAUACCGAUACAGUGUGACAGUAAAAAGUUAGUUACGUAGGACCAGUCUUUUGAACACAUGCCAGAGCAGUAUGCGGAUUUAUAACUCUUUACUUUCACCAUCGCUUUUACAUUUAUAUCAACACCAUUCGUUUUCUCUCAGUAUAUAUUUUCUUUUCUCUUUGAGAAAUCACUAGUACGCAUCAAUCGUCUAUUUUCAAAUAUAGUUUCUUUCAGGCAAACAUUUCCGAUCGUUAUGGUUCACGUUUAUAAUAAUACCCCUACUCCCCCCCCCCCCC